AUGUACCUGAUAGUGGAGUUUGCCGGAGAAGGGAGUACCGGUCCUGUAGCAAAGUCCUGGUACUCAGAUGGCCACUCAUGGUGGCCUCCAUACAAAGACUUGGACCGGUUACUAAAGAGCGUCAGGUUGAUGGAGGCACCACAGCCAGAUAAGGGUUGGACCAAGCAUCAGGCCAGAAUUCUACAUGAGUCGGCAUCAUUUGACAACAUUUCCAAAAAAUGGAAAAGGGCAUGCUACACUUCUGACAUCUCAGAAUCUGAAAAUUCUAUAAAAAGAAUUCACAAAAAGAAAACAUUCUCAUCAGAUGAUGAGCUUCAUGAAACCCCCAACAAAAAAGUUAAAAUGAAUAGAGACAAAAAUCCACCUACACCAAAAAUCCAGCUCGCACCAAAAGUCCCGCCUGCACCAAAACCUCCAGCACCUCUAAAAUACAUCAAGACAAAAGGUCCUGUUGUACGACCUCUGCUUACAACAAGCAAAGCAGUGAACUCUUUCAGCAAUUCAUUUGUUAAUCACCACCAAAGGGCCAUGGAGAAGCCAGAGCAGGCCCGUUUUGAGACUUUCCCCAGCUGUCAAGCUCCAGAUGUUCCCGUGAGCUUCUCCCAGGCAGAUGAGCCACAAGAUCAUUGGGGUGGACACUCACCUGACAUUCAAGAGAAUGCAUUUUCUUUGCUGAGACCUUCAAGUUCCAAGCAAGAAAGAACACAGCACCGCCAGCUGGAAACUUGGGAAGAACACCCAUCUAUCACUCAAGAGAACAAAUUCUCUGCCUUAAGACUCUCUCAAGACCAAAGACUAUCAACCACACAACAAGGAAGAAUGCAAACUGUUCCAGUGAGCUUGUCCAAUGAAAAUGAGCAAGAAGAUGCUUGGGAUGAACACCCAUCUAACUUUCAAGAGAACACAAUCUCUGAACAAAGAUCCUCAAGUACUCACCAGCCAAGAACAAAUAGUGCUUCUGGUGUGAGACGAUGGAGCUGCAUCACUAAAUGUACACGUACGUUAAAUUGA